CCACCUGCACGCCUCUUGCAGCACUAGUCAAUCCCUUUCUGCUUUACCUCGCGGCAGCCAGACCCUCGACCAAUUCGUCUCUGCUGAACCUAAUGCCCAUUGUUUGAGAUUGCACAUCACAACUCUAAUAGCUUCCCACGAUGUCCGGACAUCCGCAGGGAGGCCAGUACGACGACGGCUACGGCCAGGCUCCCGGCCACGCCCAGCAGGGCCAGGACGCAUACUACCACGACGACCAGUACGGACAGUAUCAUGAUGACGGCCACGGCCAAUACGCCCAGGGCCAGCACGGCGAUGCCUAUUACGACGAGUCUGCUUAUUACGAUGGCCAGCAGGGCGGUCACUACCAACAGAAUGGCUAUUACGACGAACGAGGCGGCCAGCAAGGCUACCAGGACGAGUACUACUCGGAUCAGUACUACGACCAAGGCGGCGCACAGGACGGUUACGCUCAGAAUGGCCAGCAGCCCCGCCGCCGAGCUCACGACUCCGAGGAAGACUCUGAGACUUUCAGCGACUUCACCAUGCGCUCCGACAUGGCUCGCGCCACCGACAUGGACUACUACGGACGCGGCGACGAACGAUACAACAGCUACGCCGAGGGCAACCGCGGCUACCGUCCUCCUUCAUCUCAAAUCUCGUACGGUGGCAACCGCUCGUCUGGUGCCUCGACGCCCAUUUACGGUAUGGACUACUCCAACGCGCUGCCCGCCGGCCAGCGCUCGCGCGAGCCGUAUCCCGCCUGGACCACCGAAGCUCAGAUUCCUUGCACAAAAGAGGAGAUUGAGGACAUCUUCCUGGAUCUGACUGCCAAGUUCGGUUUCCAGCGCGACAGCAUGCGCAACAUGUACGACCAUCUUAUGACGCUGCUCGAUUCGCGUGCGUCUCGCAUGUCGCCCAACCAGGCCCUCCUGUCGCUCCACGCUGACUACAUUGGUGGCGAGAAUGCCAACUACCGCCGCUGGUACUUUGCCGCCCAUCUCGAUCUCGAUGAUGCGGUUGGUUUCGCCAACAUGAACCUCGGAAAGGCCAACCGCAGGACGCGCAAGGCCCGCAAGGCUGCCAAGGCCAAGGCCGCCGCGGCUGGAGGCGAGGGUAACGAGCAGGAGACGCUCGACGCCUACGAGGGCGACAACAGUCUGGAGGCGGCCGAAUACCGCUGGAAGACGCGCAUGAACCGCAUGUCGCAGCACGACCGUGUGCGCCAGAUUGCCCUGUACCUUUUGUGCUGGGGUGAAGCCAACCAGGUCCGUUUCAUGCCUGAGCUCAUGUGCUUCAUCUUCAAGUGUGCCGAUGACUGGCUCAACUCGCCCGCCGGUCAAGCCCAGACUGAGCCCGUUGAGGAGUUCACCUACCUCAACAACGUCAUCACGCCACUUUACCAGUACUGCCGUGACCAAGGUUACGAGAUCCAAGACGGCAAGUACGUUCGACGUGAGCGUGACCACGCGGCCAUUAUUGGAUACGAUGACAUGAACCAGCUGUUCUGGUACCCCGAGGGUCUGGAGCGCAUCGUGUUCGAAGACAAGUCUCGCAUGGUGGAUCUUCCCCCAGCUGAGCGAUACGUCAAGCUCAAGGACGUCGUCUGGAAGAAGGUCUUUUUCAAGACCUACUACGAGCGCCGUUCGUGGUUCCACAUGAUUGUCAACUUCAACCGUAUCUGGGUCAUCCACUUGUCUGCUUUCUGGUUCUACACUGCCGCCAACUCUCAGCCCGUCUACACCAAGAACUACCAGCAACAACUUGACCAGCAACCAGAGAAGGCUGCCAUUCUGUCUGCCGUCGCCUUGGGAGGUACCAUUGCUUCAUUCAUCCAGAUCGCUGCCACCAUUUGCGAAUGGUGCUACGUGCCGCGCAAGUGGGCUGGUGCCCAGCAUCUGACCAAGCGUCUUCUGUUCCUCCUGCUCGUCUUCGUCGUCAACGUUGCUCCCAGUGUGUACAUCUUCGUCAUGGACAAGCGCACGGGUACGAUUGCCAAUGUUCUCAGUGGUGUGCAGCUGGCUAUUGCCCUCGUCACCUUCAUCUUCUUCUCGAUUAUGCCUCUUGGUGGUCUGUUUGGCAGCUACUUGACGCGCAACUCUCGCAAGUACGUCGCUAGCCAAACGUUUACUGCCAGCUAUCCCCGUCUCACUGGCAACGACAUGUGGAUGUCGUACGGUCUGUGGGUCCUCGUCUUUGCUGCCAAGCUGGCCGAGUCUUACUUCUUCUUGACUCUGUCCAUCAAGGACCCCAUUCGCAUUCUCUCGCACAUGAAGAAGCCGAACUGCUUGGGUGACGCGAUUAUUGGCGACAUUCUCUGCAAGUACCAGCCGCGAAUCCUGCUCGGUCUCAUGUACUUCAUGGACCUGAUUCUCUUCUUCCUGGACUCGUACCUGUGGUACAUUAUCGCCAACAUGUUGUUCUCCGUCUCGCGCUCCUUCUACCUUGGUGUCUCUAUCUGGACUCCCUGGCGAAACAUCUUUUCUCGUCUGCCCAAGCGUAUUUACUCCAAGGUGCUGGCGACGACCGACAUGGAGAUCAAGUACAAGCCCAAGGUGCUCAUCUCGCAGAUCUGGAACGCCGUUGUCAUCUCUAUGUACCGCGAGCAUCUCCUGGCCAUUGACCACGUCCAGAAGCUUCUGUACCACCAGGUUCCCUCUGAGCAAGAAGGCAAGCGUACUCUUCGCGCACCCACGUUUUUCGUGUCCCAGGAAGAUCACUCCUUCAAGACCGAGUUCUUCCCUGCCCAGAGUGAGGCCGAGCGUCGUAUCUCCUUUUUCGCCCAGUCGCUGUCUACUCCAAUUCCGGAGCCUCUCCCAGUCGACAACAUGCCUACCUUCACUGUCCUGAUUCCCCACUACGGUGAAAAGAUUCUGUUGUCUCUGCGUGAGAUUAUCCGUGAGGACGAGCCCUACUCUCGUGUCACUCUCCUCGAGUACCUCAAGCAACUGCACCCUCACGAGUGGGACUGCUUCGUCAAGGACACCAAGAUUCUGGCUGACGAGACUUCGCAAUUCAGCGGCGAGGACGAGAAGAACGAAAAGGACACCGCUAAGAGCAAGAUUGACGAUCUUCCCUUCUACUGCAUUGGUUUCAAGUCGGCGGCUCCCGAGUACACACUCCGAACUCGUAUUUGGGCUUCUCUUCGCUCCCAGACUCUGUACCGUACCAUCUCUGGUUUCAUGAACUACAGCCGUGCCAUCAAGCUCCUGUACCGUGUCGAGAACCCCGAAGUCGUCCAGAUGUUCGGUGGCAACUCGGACAAGCUUGAGCGUGAAUUGGAGCGCAUGGCUAGGCGCAAGUACAAGAUCUGCGUGUCUAUGCAGCGUUACGCCAAAUUCAGCAAGGAGGAGCGCGAGAACACCGAGUUCCUUCUCCGUGCCUACCCUGAUCUCCAGAUUGCCUACCUUGACGAAGAGCCUCCGGUCAACGAGGGUGACGAGCCCCGCAUCUACUCUGCCCUGAUUGACGGUCACUCUGAGAUCAUGGACAAUGGCAUGCGUCGUCCCAAGUUCCGCAUUCAACUCUCUGGCAACCCCAUUCUCGGUGACGGAAAGUCUGACAACCAGAACCACUCAAUCAUCUUCUACCGUGGAGAGUACAUCCAGCUUAUCGACGCCAACCAGGACAACUAUCUCGAGGAGUGUCUCAAGAUUCGCAGCGUUUUGGCCGAGUUUGAGGAGAUGACCACUGACAACGUCUCGCCCUACACACCUGGUCUCCCCAACACCAACUUCAACCCGGUCGCCAUUCUCGGAGCUCGUGAAUACAUUUUCUCGGAGAACAUUGGUAUUCUUGGUGACAUUGCUGCCGGAAAGGAACAGACGUUCGGUACUAUGUUUGCCCGUACUUUGGCUCAAAUCGGUGGCAAGCUCCACUACGGACAUCCUGAUUUCCUCAACGGUAUCUUCAUGACGACUCGUGGCGGUGUCUCCAAGGCGCAAAAGGGUCUGCAUCUCAACGAGGAUAUUUACGCUGGUAUGGCCGCUCUCCUCCGUGGUGGACGCAUCAAGCACUGCGAGUACUACCAGUGUGGUAAGGGUCGUGAUCUUGGUUUUGGUUCCGUGCUCAACUUCACCACCAAGAUUGGUACUGGUAUGGGUGAGCAGAUGUUGUCCCGCGAGUACUACUACCUGGGUACGCAACUGCCUCUUGACCGCUUCCUGUCCUUCUACUACGCCCAUCCUGGUUUCCACAUCAACAACAUGUUCAUUAUCCUAUCGGUCCAGUGCUUCAUGUUCGUCCUCAUCAACCUCGGCGCUCUCAACCACGAGAUCAUCCUCUGCUCGUUCAACAAGGACAUUCCCAUCACCGACCCGCAGUGGCCCAAUGGUUGUGCCAACUUGGUUCCCGUCUUCGACUGGGUCUCGCGUUGUAUCGUCUCCAUUUUCAUUGUGUUCUUCAUCUCUUUCGUUCCCCUCGUGGUUCAAGAGUUGACUGAGCGUGGAUUCUGGCGUGCCGCGACCCGUCUUGCCAAGCAUUUCUCUUCUGGAUCGCCCUUCUUCGAGGUGUUCGUCACACAGAUCUAUGCCAAUGCUCUGCACACCAACUUGUCGUACGGUGGUGCCCGUUACAUUGGUACCGGUCGUGGUUUCGCCACUGCCCGUAUCCCCUUUGGCAUUCUGUUCUCUCGCUUUGCUGGUCCAUCCAUUUACCUGGGUGCCCGCUCCUUGAUGAUGCUUCUGUUUGCGACCAUCACUGUCUGGGGACCAUGGCUCAUCUACUUCUGGGCGUCCCUGUUGUCGCUGUGCCUUGCGCCAUUCCUCUUCAACCCUCACCAGUUCUCUUGGGACGACUUCUUCAUUGACUACAGGGAGUACCUGCGCUGGCUGUCUCGAGGCAACACGCGAUCGCAUAGCGCCUCGUGGAUCGGAUACUGCCGUCUCUCGCGUACCCGUAUCACUGGUUUCAAGCGCAAGGCGCUGGGUGAUCCUUCGGCCAAGCUCUCUGGCGAUGUUCCUCGUGCUCGCUUCACCAACAUCUUCAUGAGCGAGAUUCUUGGUCCUCUUGUCCUUGUCGCCAUCACGCUGAUUCCCUUCUUGUUCAUCAACGCCCAGACUGGUGUCACUGACGCCCGCGACAAGUCCAAGGAAGACGCCAACCUUCCCGCCCCCAAAGCCACUGGUGCCUUGGUCCGCAUUCUCGUCAUCGCCCUCGGACCUGUGGGUGUCAACGCCGGUGUCUUGGCUGGCAUGUUCGCUCUUGCUUGCUGUGCCGGUCCCCUUCUGAGCAUGUGCUGCAAGAAGUUUGGUGCUAUCCUCGCCGCCAUUGCCCACGCCAUUGCCGUCAUUGUCCUCCUCGUCUUCUUCGUCGUCCUCAUGUUCCUCGAGGGUUUCAGCUUCCCCAGAGCCCUUUCUGGUAUGAUCGCCGUCGUCGCCAUCCAGCGAUUCUUCUUCAAGCUCAUCAUCACGUUGGCGUUGACGCGUGAAUUCAAGGCCGACACUGCCAACAUUGCCUGGUGGACUGGAAAGUGGUACACGAUGGGAUGGCACACAAUCUCGCAGCCUGGUCGUGAAUUCCUCUGCAAGAUCACGGAGCUUGGUUUCUUCGCUGCCGACUUCAUUCUUGGCCACGUCCUGCUCUUCUUCAUGCUGCCCAUUCUGCUGAUCCCCUACGCCGACAAGUUCCACUCGGUCAUGCUCUUCUGGCUCCGACCUAGUCGUCAAAUCCGCCCGCCCAUCUACUCGCUCAAGCAGACGAAGCUCCGCAAGCGCCGUGUCGUGCGCUACGCCAUUCUCUACUUUGUCAUUCUCGUUGUCUUCCUUGCCUUGAUCGUUGGCCCGAUUGUCGCCGCAAAGUUCAUCAAGCUGCCUGCCGACUUUGCCUCGAAGCUCCCCAUGGAGAUUCUGCAACCUACCGGCUACAACAACAACGACACGUCAACAAGUGUGACUGGCAAGUGUGUCGGUGGCCGCCCGUGCCCCGUCUUCGAGCCUGCUGUCGACGCGACAGGUGGAGGAGGCGGUGGUGGUGCCGCUGCCACGACCGACGCCGCUGCUCGCCGCUUCCGCCGCUACAUGGCGUACUAAAAGUGCAAUUUGUGGAUGCUUUUUUAACUACCUUCGCGCCUUGCAUUGUACAACUCGGGCGAAGCAUGAGCGUGGCGACUUGGUUUGGGUCCCGUAAUGAUUGUAAUAUUCGGCUCCAGCAUUUUAUUCGUUGAUUUGUUUGGGCGUUUGGCGGCAGGCAUGCAAGUUGCCAUGAACCUGCUUUCUCUCUUUUUCUGAACAAAUGUGUCUGCUUUCCAGGCUGACUUGUCUGCACAUACACUACUACAAUGGGGGUUGUUUUGGUUCAUCAUGGGCAGGCGAAUAUAUUAGAACGUG